AUGCCAUCGCUCUCGCACUCUGAAGGCUUCUCCAACCCUGCUCUCGCCGGCUUCUCGCCUCGCAAGAUCGCCGCCCUCAAGGCUGGCUCGCGGCCCGGACCGUCGUCCUCCUCGAUCCCGACGCUCUUGCUCCAGACACCCCGGACUGCCCGUGACGUGGACCUGCAAUCCCAGUCGUCGGCCACAUUCCACACUCCUCUGUCUCCCGGGACGCUUCCCAGCGCUGCGUCGUCUACCGUGUCCCCGUCGGAGAGCCUGUAUCCGAUCUCCCCCAGCGACUCGAGACCGUCGUAUCAGAAACGCGCCCCGGCGUCUCGGAGCAGCUUGGGCAUUGAAACGGCCACCGGGCCGCCUCCUGCACUAAGCACACAACGGAGUCUGGCGCAAGAACGUCACACACACUCGAAUCUGGAGUAUCCCAACAGACCGCGCUCCUUUGGCCUGGCCUCCACGCGAGAUUCUGGCUCCAAAACCAGUUCGGUCACUGCUGUGGAUGUAGGGAUGAGGGCGGAGCUACCAACCGCAUCCAUCCUGAAACGGUCAUCGCUGCCGACCCGCACGGUCUAUCCGCCGCAGCAGAAGGAGAGGCCGAAAAGCUCGCGGGUAUCGCGAGCGGAGGCCACGUUUCCAGACGACGAGGAUGAAGACUUGACGGCGCGAAUUGACACACACGCUGAUGCGAGCAGCAAAGACUCGGACGACAGCAGGCAGAAGAGUGAAGACGUGUUUUUGAAUAUUGCCCAGUCGGCCUCAAAUAGACGCAGUACGAGACCGCAAAAGUCAAGAUCUGGCCUCCCUGGCCUCUCUUCGCGGCUGCGAACGAACGAGGAGACGCCGUCUCCGGAACGACAUGCCUAUGCAUCUCAAGAUAUGUCUCCCCGGGGCGGCUACGGCAAUGGCAUCAUGAGAUCUCCGGCAUCGAGCCAUCCCCUGGAUGAGCCGAGCCGUCUGAAAUACCUUGGAUCUACUACGAGAUCAACAAUUGGCCUGCCCCGGAGCAGAUUCGGUCGCACAAACCGUGAACUAUCACCCGAAUCCUCGGAGAACCACACGACGGAGCGGAGAGGCUCUGCCCAAGAUGCCUUUCAGUUACGUGCCCAUCGACACUCCACCAUCCCCAGUAGUCGAACACACCGUGCAUACUCGAAUUCUGACGGGACAGACCGGCCCAAAUUGGACGCGGAGCGAUCUCGAUACGACGGCACCGAGUCGACUCUGUCCACGACUGCCCCAUCCACCGUCUGGGACGAAUUGGACGAUCUGAAAUCAAGAAUACGGAAGUUGGAGCUCACCGGGAAACUGCCCGCGUCGUCAGCAGCGGCAAUGUCAACGGUAUCAGGAGAGCGGCCACGCACGGCCACCACCACGGUGACUACACUUUCGUCCUCGCCAAAGCAUGGGCGGAAAACCAGCGCAUCGCCCAAGACUGGCGAUACGGCGGCAGUAGAUGCUCAAAUUCAGUCAUUACUUCGUGCCGGACUGGCCAAGGCGAGAGCGACGCUGAGCCCUGAAAUCUACUCUACACUCGAGGCUACGGCAAAUGAUGCUUUAACGCUGGCCGCCAUGUUUGGUUCAAACACACAGCAGUUGGGAAGCAGCAGCAUGUCGGUGAUUAGCACCACCACUGGCGGCGACCGGCAGUUCAAACGAAAGAUCGACAGCAUGUGUCGGAGUCUUACUGAGCUUUGUAUCGCGCUGGCGGAUCAGAAGCUUAUUGCACUGUCAAAGAAUCGCCCUGGAAGCAGUGAUGCGACUUCUAGCAUUCCACAUAUCAACGGCGCAGAUGUUGCACCCAGCACGGCGGCAACGAAUUAUCGACGAAGCGCGAGUCAUGAGCCCGAAGAUCUCAACCGUCAAGGUAGUUCUUUUGGACGAGCGCUGGCCGGUAGUCGGUUAGACGGGCGCCGAUCAAGUAUGCUUAAUCUGACCUCUGGCAGUUCUACCGUGCGAAGCUCGCAGGAAGCUUCCGAGUCUCAAGUUACAUUAAAACCAUCGACACCGGCCAGCCGGAUCGGACGGUCAUCGACCACAGCGCUGCGCAGUAGGAGGCAGGAGGACGAAGACGCCAUGGACAAGGCGUCAAUCGUGAACCGGCCCCUCUCACGCGUAUUCACAGACGCUCCCGACUCCAAAGGCCGGGCAUCGCUCUUAACCCGCUCGUCCCGCGAAUUUAAUCCUCCUCACGACUUCCAAUCCCACAAAGACCAGCACCUACCGCCCCAGCAACGAACGCCUCAACCCUCCCGAACCUCCAAUGCGCCCAGCCAGUCCGCAAUCCCCCUCCGCCGCAGCUAUCUCUCCUCCGGCUCCCACCUCUCGGCCACAUCGCACUUCAACAUCCAGCCCGGCUACCGCAGAUACGGCAGCUCCGUGAUCAAUUCCGGCGCGACGCCACAGCUCGAUGGGCGCAGGGCGGCUGCGAAUGAGGGUGAGACGGCGAGCUCGCCGCUGACCGCGACGGGGACGGCGGGGGGGAGGACGGCGUCGCAUUUUAGUAGCAUGCAGCAGCUGAGGCCGAGGACGAAUAGUUUUGGGACGAGGCGGUUGAGUCUGCGGCGGGCGGCGGAGAGUGCGGCGGACGGGACCUGA